AACUAGAGAAAUUAACACGUUUUAGUUCUCCUGACUAGCAGACUAAAGAUACAGAACGCCACUUUCACAUUAGUUAAGUGCAUUUUCACUUAGAUUUGUAUAUCCAGAACAUAAUUAGCUCAUUGGAUUAGCCCACUUUUCAUGGAAGUUGGGAUGCAGAAAAAAGGACCUUUUCCACAGAUGACAAGGUGACCGAAAUCUGCCCCCUUUAGGAGGAGAGGUGUAGGGCUACAGUCCUGACCAUCGACCAACUCCUGUGUGCACAAAGCCUACAGCGGUGUCUAGGAAAGCAGCAGUAAGAAGCAGCAGCAGCAGCAGCAGCAGCAGCAGCAGCAGUAGCAGCAGCAGCAGCAGCAGCAGAGGGAGGAUGGCCUGCGCAUUCGGCUGAUAAGAGGGGGAACAAGGUCGGGCCAUGGAGAAACUAAAAGGUCCCACCGUGGGAUGCACCAAAGCCACCUGUGGAUGGAGAGCUCUGCUUCUCCCGCAGCUGAACAGGCAGUCCCUGUACGUGUACGGCAGUGAGAUGGCCGUGGAGAAGGAGUGCAUGCGACAGCUGCAGAGCGGAGUCUUUGUCAUCCACCCGUUCAGCCUCAUGAGGAGUUACUACAUCAUGUGCAUGAUGGCCAUCACAUUUCUGAACCUGAUUGGGAUUCCCAUGGAGAUAGCAUUUCUGGAUGGGAACAGCGGACUGGCAUGGGAAGGAUUUAACGUGUUUUCAGACACGCUGUUCUUGAUAGAUGUGGCUCUGAAUUUCCGAAUGGGCAUCAUUACAGAGGACGGCGAGGAAGCUAUUCUGGAUAUCAAGCGGAUCCGAGUCAGUUACCUGAGGACAUGGUUCAUUCCGGACGUUAUAGCUGCUUUCCCAAUCGGCUACAUACUGUUGUUUGCGGAUUUACAAUACCACAGCGAUGACAACCCCUCCAAGACCAACAAGAUGAUGAGGAUACUGAUGUUUGUGCGGAUCCUCAGUUUGAUCAGGCUGGCUCGAGUGUCCAGACUGGUUAGGUUCUUCAACGAAGUGGAGAAAGUGUCAAAUGCAAACUUGGAGGUGGUCCGCCUGUUCUUCCGCAUCUUGUCUCUGUUCAUGAUGAUUUUCCUGCUGUGUCACUGGAAUGGCUGCAUCCAGUACUUUGUCCCCAUGCUGGAGGAGUUUCCCACUGACUGCUGGGUCCGGAAAGAAAACCUGAUGAAUGCCACAGUGAUUGUGAAGUACUCCUGGGGAGUUUUCCGAGCUCUCUCCCAGAUGAUUGCUCUCUCCUAUGGCUCCAUGGAUGCACCAACAAAUUAUGUUGAAAUGUGGAUCGUCAUGGUCAGCAUGGUGUCCGGGUGUCUGAUGUACACUGUCCUCGUGGCCAACGCUACAACCAUGAUCGCCAACAUUGACCCAGCAGCCAAAGAGUACAAGAGCAAGAUGAGCCGUUUGGAGCACUAUAUAACCUUCAUGAAGCUCCCACCAGAGCUGCAGCUUCGUAUCAACAACUACUACCAGGCUCGCUAUGGAGGGAAGUGGUUUCAAGAGAAGGACGUCAUGGACACCGUGUCCUCAGCGCUCAAAGAGCAAAUCCUGAUGGUGAUGUGCAGCCGACUGCUAAGAAACGUACCAUUGUUUCAGAACAGAGACGAAAACUUUAUCAACGCCGUCCUCCUCAAACUGGAGUACGAGGUUUUCCUGGAGGGAGACGCCAUCAUCCGACAGAACGUCCCGGGUAACCGCAUGUUCUUCAUAGACCACGGCCAAGUCCUCAUGGAGACUGAUUCCUACGAGAGGGAACUGUGUGAUGGAGACUAUUUUGGCGAGACAUGCAUGCUGACCAAAGGCAAACAUCUGGCCACAGUGAAGGCACUGACCGACUGCCAGUGCUUCUCUCUGUCCUGGGACGACUUUCACGAGACGCUGGAGGGCUUCCCAGAUGUCAAGAAGGACUUAGCAAAAAUGAUUCAGCUCAACAAUGAUGUUGGACUUGUGUAAGACCACGUACUCGGACCUUUAUACUGAAUGAGAAGGACAGGAGAUAUGGAUCUUUCCAGGACAUUUUAUGUGUUUAUAUGAUGGACAGUAAGACUACGGCUAAUUCCUCAUGUGGACGAGUUGGACACUCAAUCAUGGAUGAGAUGGACCGUUUUAGAGCAUUGACUAUUUUCAUUCCGAUGGGGAAUUAUUCUGUCUUCUGAUCCAUCAGUUAUCAGCAAUAAACAAAGACCUUAACAGUUAAUACGGGUCAAACAUUUGAUCUCUGCUUCUUUGUUGAUAUUGUGAUUUAGCAUUGCUGUUUGGAAAGUCAAUGCAUACCUCAGUGACAAAACAAGAAAGCCAUAAAGAGAAAUUCAGGUUUCAUACAACUUGGGCUUCAUUUUUGUUGUUCUGGCCAUCAUUCCUAUCAAUAAAAACAACCAGUUAAUUGCUGAGGUCUGUGAACACGGCAACAACAAACACAAACUCACUUAGCUAAAUUAAUUUAAAAGGCAAACCUUAAAAUGAUUACCUAACAAGAAGGGCACUCUGAGACCUCUGCCAAAGUGCUCUGUCCUCCUCCCUGUGCUGCUGUUGUGGUUCACUGCCUGCAGGUAACAACAACAACAACAACAACAACUGCAGACAAAGCAGGUGAAAAUACUGUUUUUGGUCAAACUGAGUAAAAAAUGGAGUAAAAAAAGUACUUUACUCCACCUGAAUCACUGUCUCCACCAGAGUCUCUUUCUGCGGUCCACUGCUGAGCCCCCAGUCAAACAGAGGAGAGGACAGAGAAGCUAGUGCGACCAGUAUAUUUUUUAUGGACCUGCAUUUGUUUCUAAAGUGAUGUUUGAGGCGGCUUCUAUGGUUUUUUUUUGUAUGUUUAGUUGUGUUACACCAUUUACUUCAAUAACAAGAGACAAAUCAUUUCAUUUUGCUAUAGGAAAGUGGAAAAUAAUAAGUGUAUCUGCCCCGUGAUUCGGAUCUGUUCCAAAAUUGAAUGGGUUCUUCCUCGGUCUAUGCUCCCUCCACGUUUCAUAAAAAAUCAGGCCAGGAGUUUUUCCCUAAUCCUCCCGACAGAAGAACCCACAAACCGCACUGAAAACAUAACCGCCUUUUCCUGUUAUUAUUAUGGCCACUCAUCUAUCACAGUUUAGAACAACCUCUUCAACUUUGAUCUACGGUAUUUGCGUCACCCUGUUCCGAGAUCUCAGCAACUGCUUUGAGUCCCAUGUUUGCGGCUCUGUGAGGCUGUAUUUAGGCACAGUGGUGCUUUGAGCUAAAGGCUAAUAUCAGCAUGCUAACAUGCUCACAACGUGUUGAUGUUUCAGCAGGUAUAACCAUGCUCACCAUCUCAGUUUAGCGUGUUAGCAUGCUAGCUGAGGCUGACGGGAAUGUCACAUUUUGCAGGUAUUUAUUCACCUCGUAAUGGCGCUAGGUAAAAAGUCAGGCCAUCACCAAAGUCAAUAAUUCAUCCUCUGGGGACUGUGAAUGUCUGUACAGAUUGAAUGCGAUUCAGCUAAUAUUUGUUGACAUAUUCAUCCUGGACCAAAGUCAGGCCGACUGUCUGACGUUGCCCUCCCUGCAGCUGUUUCUCUAAGGGUGACUUAGAUAAGACCCAAGUUGUAAUAAACUGGAAUUUCACUUUAAAGGAAGGUAAGAAAAAAACAACUCAUGUAUGUCAUUUUUCUUUUUCUCUAAAAUGACAUUUAUUUGGAAGUAGUAUUACAUAAGACAUGUUGAUGCCACUGUGAAAGCAACAAAAAUAAAGCCGAUACUGUAAUAUGAUUAUGAAA